GUUUCUUAAUUAAAGAUGAGGAUUAGAAGUAUACUUAAGAAGAUAUCGUCAAUAAAAAAGUCCAAGAAAGAGCAUACCUUUACUGUAAAGACAGAUACAGCUUGUAUAAGCGCAUUUGAAAGCUGGACAAUGAUCUUUGUAUUUAUCUUAAUGGGAUUUUAUGGAGUUUUGCUGAUCGCUAAGCUUGUAGGCAAACAAGAAAUGCAGAUUAAUCAAAAUGUUAUUAGGACUAAUCCCAAAACAAGCACUAAAGCCACGAAUAUUACAAGAGAAGAUGGAAUUGAGCUACAGAUCACCCUCACUGCACAUGGCUAUAGUAGUCAGGAGUUUACCUUUGAAGAACAUAUGGAGAUAUUCAGCUUUGAGAUAUAUAGCGGUAAAUGGGGAACUAACCAAGACGGUCAAGUUUAUUCCAUUGGAGAGCUCCUUCAAACCUCAACUUGAAGCGAAGAUUUACAGGAGACCAACUGGGAAAAUAAGAAGAAGUCAUGGUGAAUAGAUUUGACAGACAGCCAACUUGAAGGAUCCAUUGGGGUAGAGACAAAUACCUCAGCUAUUUAUGGAGAUAUUUUAGUUUGCGAAGAUGAAGAGAGCAGGGUAUGAAAAUAACAGGACUCUUAUUUCUCAUGCCGUUUUGGAUACUGAGGUCCAAAUAAAAAUAAAGAGUAAAUUUAUAGAUCUCAGUGAUAUUAAUGAUCCAAUUAAAACAUACGUUGAUGUAAUAGAUAUCACUAGUUUACAUCCAGAAAGCUUCCACCGCACAGAUGUAUUUAUUGACAGAAAUGAAAUCACUCUUGAUGACAGUAUUUUUAAACCAUUUUCGAGCCCAAUAAAGAGAAAGUUGAAUAAAGUAUGAGAAAAUGGGAGCAUCUCAAAAAGCCAGACUCUAAAGAUUGGACAGGGCUGGAUUGUUUCAAAAGCUUAUAAACUUGCUAUCAGCCUUGGGAAGAAUAUUUAUCAAUAUGAGAGAAGAUUAUUUUCCAUUCUAGAACUAACUAGUUUACUGGGAGGAGUGUAUGAGCUUUUAGAAAUUUCUAUUGGAUUGGUUUUUUCCAUUCUGUAUUCAUUUUCUUCAAGGAAGUCCCUGAUUAAUAGUAUCAAGAAGAACCUUAUCGAAAUUGAGAAUAUGAAGGAAGAGAUCAAUAUAAUUAAAAAGAAAGCAGCCCAAAAUGCACAACCCCCUCAAAUAAAUGUAAAUUCUCAAGAUGAUGUCCAAGUACAUAAUGUCAAUAUGCCAAGGGAAGAAGAAAAAAUCUCUCAUAAUCAGAAAGUUUAUAAAGAAAAUAUAAGGAAAAGUAGUUUGCAAAUAAACAUGAAUCUCAAAUUCGUGAAGAAAAGCUUAUAUUCAGCCAAUUUCGUAAAAAUACCUAAGAUUUCUGAAAAACAUCUGCUCGAAGACUUCGAUACCCAAAAAGACUGCCUCUCCAUCCUAAAAAGAAUCAAAGCCCUCGAACUAAAAGUCACCUAUCUGCUCCAGAACGACCCUUGCUAUCCCUCCGACCCUCCAGACCCCCCCUCAAAACCUCUCACAAAUCCCGCCCUAAACGCCUCCUGCUCCAGACUCCUCCAAGCCAGCUCCCUUCCUCCUCUUCCUUCCAGUCUUCCUCUCCCAGUCACUCAAAACCAGGCACCACAGCUACUGCCAAGGAUGAACCCUCUCUUCACAAGCCUUCGGGCUCAGAACUACAGGUACCAAAACUCAGAUUAUUUGUAACCUUCAGCUUUGA